UCCUUCUGGGCCGGGCCGGGGGCGGGCUCCGGGACGGAGGCCGGAGGGCCGCCCUCGAGACGAGUUGGCUUUACAGUCGAAGCUAAGUGAGGGAACCCGGGGAGAGGCCAAGGAGGGCGCCGGAGAGCUGGAGGGAGCCAGAGGCUGGCUCUCCCGGGCAGGGCAGGGACCCGGCCCUCAGCGGGCUCGCAGCUCCCGGGGCAGGCCCGGCUCGCCAUGGGGGAGGUGGAGAUCUCCGCCCGGGCCUAUGUGAAGAUGUGCCUGCACGCCGCGCGGUACCCGCACGCCGCCGUCAACGGGCUGCUGCUGGCGCCCUCGCCGAGCGCCGGAGAAUGCCUGUGCCUCACCGACUGUGUGCCCCUCUUCCACAGCCACCUGGCCCUGGCCGUCAUGCUGGAGGUCGCCCUCAACCAGGUGGAUGUGUGGGGCGCCCAGGCCGGUCUGGUGGUGGCUGGGUACUACCAUGCCAAUGCAGCUCUGGACGACCAGAGCCCUGGGCCCCUGGCCUUGAAAAUCGCCGGGCGGAUUGCAGAAUUGUUCCCUGCAGCAGUCCUUGUUAUGCUGGAUAAUCAGAAACUGGUGCCUCAGCCUCGCGUGCCCCCAGUGAUCGUCCUGGAGAACCAGGGUCUCCGCUGGGUGCCCAAGGACAAGAACUUAGUGAUGUGGAGGGACUGGGAAGAGUCCCGGCAGAUGCUGGGAGCCCUCCUGCAGGGCCGGGCCCAUCAGCACCUCGUGGACUUUGACUGCCACCUGGAUGACAUCCGCCAGGACUGGACCAACCAGCAGCUCAACACCCAGAUCACACAGUGGGUUGGCGCCACCAGUGGAAAUGCCUGAGCCAGAGCCGGGGCCAGGAGGGACAGGAGCCAAAUAAAGAGACUUGGGCCGCUGGGCAACAGU